AUGUCUGCCGAGAACGAUAACAAGGCGGUUGAGGAGGUGAAGGCGCCCGAGACACAGGAGGCUACUGCUGCCGAAACGAAGCCCGUUACCUCGUCUUCCGUCUUCUCUAUGUUUGGUGGUGGCGCCAAGAAGGAAAGGAAGGACGACGAUGAGGACCGUGGUGAUAACUCUGGCAGCGCCAAGGCUCAGCGCGAGGCUGCUGCUGCUGCUGCCGCCGCCGCUUCCAAGGAGGGUGGCGAUGAGGAGGAGGCCCCCGAGUCCGAGGAUGUUCACUUCGAGCCCGUCAUCCACCUCACGGAGAAGGUUGAGAUCAAAACCAACGAGGAGAUGGAGGAGCAGGUUUUCAAGAUGCGCGCCAAGCUCUUCAAAUAUGUGCCCGACACCCGCGAGUGGAAGGAGCGCGGCACCGGCGAUGUGCGUCUGCUCAAGCAUCGCGAGAACGGCAAGACUCGCCUGGUCAUGCGCCGUGACAAGACCCUCAAGGUUUGCGCCAACCACUACGUCGUCCCCGAGAUGAAGCUCUCCCCCAACGUGGGCUCCGACCGGAGUUGGGUGUGGAACGUCGUUGCCGAUGUGAGCGAGGGCGAGCCUGAGGCUCUCACCCUGGCAAUCCGGUUCGCCAACUCGGACAACGCCAACCAGUUCAAGGACGCCUUCAUCAAGGCCCAGAAGGAGAACGAGACGCUUUUCAAGAAGCCGGAGGCAGAGGCUGACGAGGAGAAGAAAGAGGAGGAGACGAAGGAGGAGGAAAAGAAGGAGGAGAAGGAGGAGGAGGAGACUGCAUAA